AUGAGUACACUGACAGAAGUUCCUAUACCGAAUUUUGGUUUCGAUGUUCAUAAUGUUAGUAAGCGGGCUUUAAUGAAGCUUGUACAUGAGAGAAUUUCUAUUAGCGGCCAGUCAGGUAAAAAUGGCAAUCCUGGUAGUGAUGGUGAAUCCGGAAUAUCUGGGCAAGAUGGGUCAAACGGUCGAAACGGUGGUAGAGGUGGUGCUGGUAAGGAUGGAUCUGCCGGUGAACCAGGCCAAUCGGGUACAGAUUCUCGGCACGCGUUAAUUCGAUUAAACGGAACAGUGGAAAACUUAAAUAUGCAACUAAAAAUAUGUAAAACAUCACAUGACUUAUCAGAACAGUCCUUUGGUAUCGACCGAAAUCUCACUCAUUCCCUUCAUGAUGUCAAUUAUGAUUUUAAAUUAGCAAACUCGAAGGAAAUCAUUUUGUUGCAGGCUGUCGGAGGCCAUGGGGGCGAUGGAGGCGUUGGAGGAAAUGGCGGAAAUGGAGGCUCCGGAGGCAAUGGCGAUCGUGGUUGUGAUGGAAAAGACGGCUCCAAAUCUUACAACCAAGGUGCUUCUGGUAAAAGAGGGGGCUCUGGUGGACCGGGAGGAAAUGGUGGCUGUGGAGGUAAUGGCGGCAAUGGUGGAUCCGGAGGAGAUGGAGGAAAUGCAGGUGCUGGUGGCCAUGUCUGGGUUCUAAGUGCAGAUCCUCGAUUAUUGAUGUUAAUUGAACUAGACUGCCGAGCUGGAGUGAAAGGUAAAGGUGGUCAUGGUGGAAAAGGCGGCUCGUACGGCGUCGGCGGUCGAGGUGGAGAUGGUGGUAAGGGUGGUAAGGGUGGUAGAGGCGGACCAGGCGGGCCAGGCGGCUCUGAUGGUGCAGAUGGUGCAGAUGGCGCAGAUGGUGCAGAUGGUGCUGCCGGUAAGCGUGGCAGCUAUGGUUAUGCAGGUGGUGACGGUCCCACUGGUAAGGAUGGUGAUGCUGCAAGCGAUGGUUUAAUUCAAUAUGCUGUAGUGAAUAUAGAUGGUAACGUUAUUGAAAAAGGGAGUGAUAAAUACCAUGCUAGCGUUCUUGGUUACACUAUUACUGAUGAAAACAAUGACGAAAUCUACGAGCCCAACUCAGAUUUUUUUAUUACGAAUGUGAAAUGGACAAAUAAAGGUGCAAUGUCCUUGCCCAGUGGAUCUAUAUUAUCAUUUCCAUCUACAAAAUAUAUUUCUAAUGAUAUCAAAAAUGUUAGUGUAUUGACGGACGCUCGUAUCAAUCAAAUAUUCCUUGACUCUCAUCAAUUUAGAUGUCAUCUGAAUGCCGUUUCAAAUGUUUCAAUCAAUCAACCGUACAUUCAACCUGUAAAAAUAGCAUCAGAAAUAAAUUUAUUAAAUCGUUUAUUCACAUGUAGUCAAGUUUCAACUACUUUAACCUGUCAAUAUCCGAUUCAAAUUACAAAUAUUCAAAUCCCAACAUUUCUGGGUCCCAAUGAGCGAGCCAUCAUAACAAUAAGUUUCGCUAACAUUUCUACACGACCAUACGGUACAUGCUCGGAUUCAGCUGGUUCCAUAGAAUUUAUAUUCUAUGCUCAUUCUUUAAUAAAAGUUUUACCUGCCACUACAGAAUAUUUGUACCAAAUAAUGCCUAAUGGGCAAGGCCGCUAUAAAAUCAAUGAAAAACUGUCACCUAAAUCCACAAAGACUAUUUAUUUUGAGUUUAGUUUAGGUGCAGACGCUUCUCAUCAACUUUAUGAAAGUUUAUUUUGGAAUAUCGAUCUACUUUUACGUAAUACACUAAUUGAAAAACGUACAGAUAGCAUUCGGGUUGUACCGGAAUUUAAUCCAAAUAUUAAAACUGAUGUACUUCUAGUUACGAAUUCUCAAACUAAUCGACUUGAAUACCUUGCAUACCAGAAAUUAUUUCAAUUAUUUAAAUAUUCAAGUCAAAUGUGGGAUAUUGAACGAUAUGGCUCAGUUUAUCAUCCACAGAUACAAUGGUUACAUACAGCAAGUUUGAUUAUUUUUAUUUAUUUAAAUCCUAAAUCAACAUUCAAUAUAAUCAAGUCCCAAUUAUUUUUAGAGCAUAUGAAUUCUUCCGAAAAUGCUGGUUUUAUUUGUAUUGGUACUUGUCUUCCGAAUGAUUUUGAUUUUGCUCUAUUCGAUUACAACAAUUUGCAAUUUAUUGAUAACAAACAGAAAAUUAAAUGUGAAGUUUCCGAUCAUCUUUGGUCAGGCUUUGUAUGCAGACAGCCUGAUGCUAAGAAAUUGAAUGUGAUGGCCAACGAACUUAGAACAAAUUAUGAAAAACAAGAAGAUCAUAAGUUUUUAUAUCAAGUAGUCUACGAUGAUACAACAGAUGCACGUUUCCAAGAUUGUAUGACAGUUGUUUACGGUAAAAAAUAUGUGUAUAAAUCCACUUUGGACUUCCAAGUCGGUAAUCGAUUAAUUUUGGUCAAUAGUGAGUCUCCUUUGUUAACCAAUACUCAUUUACCUUUCAAAUUUCAAGCUCGAUUGAACACAAAUCAACAGAGUGUACUUGUUUCUUCCCAUGAAUAUGAAAUUGGUAUUAAUGAAAUGAAUAACAUAUCACAGAUUGAGGAAGGUAUCAUUCAAGAUGGAAUUCAUCUGAAUUCACAGUUUGGUAGAUUAUUGUGCGCGAUAUUAUUUUAUCAAGGAUUUGAAAAAUCUCUUAUGAUGAUCAGUGAAAAAUUCAAAUUAGCGAGAUGCAUAUUUGUAUCAGAUUCAACUGAAUUCACUUUCAACGAGAUUUUAGUUGGUUUGGCUAUGUCUACUAUUGAGCGCGAAUAUAACCGAGGAUCUCUAGAAUUUCACUCAUCAAAACGAAUAGUAAAUCAAGCAGCUAAUGUAAUUGGCAAAGUAGAAAAUAUUACUAGAAUAAGAAAUCACGGAGAAGAUCAAAAUAAUUGGUUAUAUUUACUAAUUCAAUCAUUAUAUGAAUACAUUGACAGUAAACUUUGUAUCUCUUUUCCUUGGUAUGGCUGUACAAAUAAAGCAAAACAACGCCAAAAAUUACAAGAGAUUUUAAGUAAUUUACUUUCAUUAACCACUCAUGGAAUUCGAAAAAACAAACAACUUUAUCAUGCUGUACAAAAUAUGAGACUACAAAAAUUAGCCAAGCUACAGUUUCCAGCAGCUGAUGCAAGAGAAAAUUGUGCUCGACAAAUAAGAGAAAUUAGAGCGUGGAAAGAAGAACAACACAUUAAGGAAACAAUCAGUAACAGGAAAAGUACUACCGUCAGCUGCUCUAACAACAAUGAAAAAAUGCAAUAA